CUUGGAUAUUUAUGAAUGGCCGCCAGUAACGAGUGAAGAGUAAACAUAACAAAAACAUCCGAAUUUCGACCGGCUUGUUUGUUUCGCCCAGUGGCUCUUUUUCUGACGUGGAUCAAAUAAUUAUCCACUAUGGCAGAUCCAAAUUUGAUGGACAAAUCGCUCCGCUCAGUUUUUGUGGGCAACAUACCAUACGAGGCGACGGAAGAGAAGUUGAAAGACAUUUUUAGUGAAGUUGGACCCGUUCUGUCUUUUAAGCUUGUGUAUGACAGAGAAACUGGAAAGCCUAAAGGCUAUGGCUUUUGUGAGUACAAAGACCAAGAGACAGCCCUCAGCGCCAUGCGCAACUUAAACGGCUACGAAAUAGGAGGACGUACUCUCAGGGUUGACAAUGCUUGUACUGAAAAAUCCAGAAUGGAAAUGCAGUUGCUCCUGCAAGGGCCAGUGGUGGAAAAUCCCUACGGGGAUGCUGUCGAUCCUGACAAAGCCCCAGAGGCCAUCAGCAAAGCCGUUGCCUCUCUUCCACCAGAGCAAAUGUUUGAGCUCAUGAAACAAAUGAAAUUAUGUUGCCAGAACAACCCCUCUGAGGCUCGAACGAUGCUUAUGCAAAACCCGCAACUUGCGUACGCACUGCUUCAGGCGCAGGUCGUCAUGCGGAUUGUCGAUCCAGUCACUGCUGCUGCAAUGCUACACAAGGCCAAUCCGGCUCCAAAACCGAUCCUAACUGCGGACAAGAUGGCCAUGCCUAUCCCACCUCAGAUACAGUUUGCGGCAAGCAGACCUAAACCAGAUUUUGCACCAGUUCAAGACUCUUGGCCGGCUGCUGGUCCAAACAUUCCUUUGCAGCGACCUCCUCCUGCAGCUGGUGGAGAUUUAGAUCUUCGUCACUUGGAUCCCCGAGCAAGGCCUGCCAUGUUGGAUCAGGAUCUUCGUAUGCCACCUGCUAUGCCGCCGCGAGACCCUCGAGGAGAAAGGGGUUUCCCAACCGGUCCUUCUGAGCCAUUUGAGCCCGCAUUUCCCAGAGAUCCUCGCCGAGACAGGGACAUGCGAGAUCCCAGGGCCACUUUUGUUGCCGAUCCUCGAGGCGACCCUCGCUCUGCAGUGCCGCCACCAGUUGCUGUCCCACGCCCUCCAGUGCAGCAAAGACCGCCUCCAAACUUCCCAGGCGCCGCUGGAUUGAACAGUGCCUCCGACCAAGAGAAGGCGCAACUAAUCAUGCAAGUGCUGCAGCUUUCCGACGAGCAGAUCGCUGCUUUGCCUCCCGAGCAGCGGCAGAGUAUUUUGGUGCUCAAGGAGCAGAUUGCCAAGAGCACUCAGCGUUGAGACUCCUUGUC